AUGUGGGCCUCAAGGUUUCUGAAAGGUCGGAAUGCAAGAUCGAUCACAAAGACUUCAAUUGCAGCUGCUGCCUCAGCGCCAACAUCGCAAGCUGAAUUCAGUGCCAACUCACAAGCGUUCUCAGUGGCUGUGACUGAGCUGUUGGAAUGCCUGGACUUUGUACUCGAUCAGUUGGAUGACCAGGGAGAACAUGGAGACUUGUUACAGUUUCACCUGUCACGGCUUGCCAAGGAGAUAUCUAAGUACGAAAACUCCAAGGUUAACGAACAAAUUUCACAGCCAUGGACUGGGGAUCGCGACUUACUGGAGCUGCUGCUUGCCGCUUGCAGAUGCGCAUGCUCCGUCUAUAAACCAGACGUACAUCCUGGAGGUGACCUCGUACCAGUGAUCUCUCGAACACCUUCCAUCACCGGAACAGUCAAAGCAACUUCAAUAUGGAAAUCAGAAGACACAAAUACCCUGUUUGUAUCCGUCAGAGGCACAUCUUGCAAGACAGACCACCUUGUGAACUUUAAUAGGAACCAGAAGAAUGCUACCUCAGUCUUUGCUUUUCCAAGGGCUCAGGAACAGAUAUAUGCCCAUAGUGGCUUCUUAGCUUGUGCAGCUACUCUUCUUCCCUGGCUUACUGAGGAGAUCAUCCGCCAAGUCACAGCCGACAAGAAUUUGAAAGAUAUAGUAUUCACAGGCCAUUCGGCUGGUGGAGCAGUUGCAGCUAUGGUAUUUUUGCAUUUUGUUUGCCAUUGCCCAAGCGAAUUAUCCAACCCAAAGUUCUCACUCGUCACAUUCGGAGCCCCGCCUGUUAUUUCAACCAACAUCACUGAACUGGCUCGGAGCCUUCCUAAAACGCGGCAUAUCUACGCUGUUGUCAACGAGCACGACUUAGUUCCUAGGGUUGAUCAAGGCUAUAUCACAUCAAUCAUCAGUUUGUACCGGUCAGCCUAUGGGUUGCCAUUGUCUGAAUUCAAUAACACCACGUUUACAAACAACACUCCAGCAGAUAGAAAUCAAGAUGCUAUCUGGAAUUUACCUCUGCCUGACUUCUAUGUCGUUGGAACUAUCAUUGUUCUGAGAGCAAAACUCGAUUACAAUAUUUUACAGUCGACAUCAUUCCAAACCAGUACGGACACUACUACACCACCACAAAAGCUAGAUAUCCUACAGGUAUCAUCAAUAGAGUUUUGUAAAUUGUUAUUCUUUGAAAUAUCUGUACACAAGAGAAAGAUAUACCUCAACAGAUUGGAGAGAUUGGUACAAGAGUCUAGAAAAACAGUAUGA